AUUCUGGUGGGCUGAAUGGAGGCGACAUAGUUGGCAUUGUCAUUGGUGUUAUUAUUGGUAUUCUCUUGGUUAUUGGCAUCAGCUUUUCCAUUCGUCGGUGUGGAAUUCGGAGGUCCUCCUUCCUUCGGAGAGAAGCUUCCAGAGUGAAGAACUUUGAGAACAGCCUAUAUGCAGAGACCAGGAAAGAUACACUCACGAAAUCGGAAGAUAUAAAGGGUAUUAAUAUUGUAGGGCUAGAAGCAGAUCCUAGGUCAGCUAGUGUUAGCUAUUCAGUUGGCCUUGACCUUGAGGACUUUGAGGCAGGAGAACAUCACUCUGGGGAAUUUGAUGAGCCUCAUAAUUCAGCACAAGUUGAAUCUGUGGCCUAUAAUUCUGAAGGAUUUGAUUUUUCAGCCUAUAAUCAAGGGAAAAUUGAUUUAUCAACUUACAAUCCUACUGAGUUUAAUUUUGCAGCUCGUAAUUUUGAAGCAUUUGAUGACAUAGAUAUGUCAACAAGCUGA